UGGAAAUGAGAAAGAAAUUUACGAAAAUACUUUACAUGUCAACUUGUAUAUAGAAUGAAAGUUUGUAUAAAAUGUUGCUAAAGGGUAAAAAUAUAAUCCGUAAUAUACGAAUUGUAAUGCAACUUUCUGUAAUGACCAUGUGUAAAAUGACAAAUCUCGAUAUUGGCGAGAAAUUACCGGAGACAUUUUCGUCAUGUGCCGAAGAAUCUCAAAAGGACGAUUAUACCAUUAACGAUUUUACCACUGUAAAAGCGGGCGCCGAUGAAGAUGCUGAGACCGUAACAAUUGGUUUCCUUGGAGCUUAUGGACAAGCACAAGUUGUUCUAGGAGCUUUACCACUGGCCGUCGAAGCUGUCAAUAAUGAUAAAGCACUUUUGCCGGGAAAACGACUAAAUUAUGUAGCAGCCGAUAUUGGUACAAAUCCAGCGAAAUCGGGAUUGGAACGGGGGAAAUCUUCGUUAGCUGGGCGAGCUAUCAAAAUCAUGACGUCAAUGAGAGACAAUGGUACCAUUGCGUUUAUUGGGCCGGACGAUACUUGCUCACACGAAGCUUUGGUUUCGGCCGCAUGGAAUCUACCCAUGAUUGGUUACAAAUGCAGCGAAACCCGCGUUUCCGACAAACGCGUAUUUUACACGUUCGCCAGAACACUGCCGCCCUCCAGUAAGGUAUCAAAAAGCGUGGUCGCACUGCUAACGGCAUUUGGAUGGCGUAAAUUCGUCCUCGUCUCCGGAUAUCACCCCGCUUCCGGCAGCGAAGUACGAGAAGCAAUCGAAGAGUUAUCAACUGCUCACGGCCUUACUGUCACAGAUGUUAAACUGUAUUCUGAUUAUAUUCCUAAAAAUAUAGAUGAAAUGGACGCCAUUGUCGCCGACACGUUUAAACGUACAAGAGUGUACGUAUUUGUUGGCGAACACAUCGCGUUAAUCGAUUUUAUCAGAUGCCUUCAAAGACGUAAACUAUUAGACAAAGGCGAUUACGUUGUGAUCUCGGUGGAUGAUGAAAUUUACGACCCCAAUGGUAAAAUUAGUAUCAUGAAAAGAGAAUAUCUCGAUCCGUUCCUCAACGAAACGUGGGGAAACACCGAGGACGUUAUGGGAUUUAGGUCGGUUCUGAAACUUACCCCUUCACAUCCCAGAAAUCCCAAUUACAAACACAUUUGUGAGCAAAUAAAGGCGAUGUCGGCGAAACCACCCUUCUGUGUUCCAUAUCAUCACAAAAUAUUCGAUAGUAUAUCUGUUCCCAUUCAGGCCGCGUACUUGUACGACGCAGUUAUGAUUUAUGCGAGAGCUUUAACGGAAGUUUUCCAAAGUAAUGAAGAUUCACGAAACGGAACGGCCAUCAUUAAGCGUAUGUUGGAACGUUCCUACCACUCCGUGCAAGGAAACGAUGUUUAUAUUGACGCAAAUGGUGAUGCCGAAGGAAAUUUCACAGUCGUCGCCCUUUUAGAUGACACGGAAAUGAAUGGAAGCAUACGAUUGAGUAUGCAACCUGUCGGCUACUUUGAAUACCAAUCGAACGGGAGUAAUCUUUCAAUUGCACUUCCGGUAAUUGCCGUCCUUAUGCUCACUGAAUCUGAUUGUGUUAUUUUGCAGGAAUUCAAGUACCUGAACGCCGCUCGUCCUAUUCAGUGGCAAGGUGGAAGGGUACCAUUAGCCGAGCCCUUCUGCGGUUUCUAUGGGGAGAAGUGUAUAUACAAAACAGAUUGGAAAUUGGUGGCUGUUGUGUCUUUCACCACAGUUGCCGUAUGCGUUGCAAUAUUAUUCAUAUUGAAGCACUACAGAUAUGAGCAAAAAUUAGCGUGCCUCUUAUGGAAGAUCGAUAUGAAGGAUGUAACAAUCAUUCCCACCGAAAGUGGUGAAUCCGCAAAUAGAAGCAAAAAUAUGAUCCAAAUCUGCCGUCACAGUGUCUUUCAAUCAGCAACCAGAAGUGCAAGCGAAGUCGUAGAGUCCUCUCCGAAAGUAGCGUAUACCACCAUUGGAUUAUACAAGGGAAACAUUGUCGCCAUAAAACGUAUACAUAAAAAAUCAGUCGAUUUAACACGCUCAAUUCGCAAGGAGCUCAAGCAGAUUCGAGAAGUUCGCCAUGAGAACUUGAUAACUUUCAUUGGCGCCAGUGUCGAGCACGGUAACGUUGCGAUUUUAACAGCUUACUGCCCCAGAGGAAGCUUGGAGGACGUACUCAACAACGAAGACUUACACUUAGACAACAUGUUCAUAUCUUCACUGGUGUCCGACAUGCUAAAGGGUAUGAUUUAUCUUCACGACAGCGACAUCAUUUCUCACGGUAACUUCAGAUCGAGCAAUUGUCUAAUUGAUAGCCGAUGGGUUCUGCAGAUCACCGAUUUCGGACUUCACGAGUUUAGAGUGGGCGAAAUAAGCGACCAGUGGAGCGAGAAAGAGUUGCGGCGCUCGCUUUGGAGAGCGCCCGAGUUACUUCGCGCGGAGUGCCCACCGUCGAGGGGCACGCAGAAAGGCGACGUUUAUUCGUUUGCGAUCGUCCUUUACGAAAUUUUAGGUCGGUCGGGACCGUGGGGAUGUACGAAUAUGACGCAUUUUGAAAUUUUGGAGGCGAUCAAGAGGGAGUGUCAAGACUUCCCGUUUAGGCCCUCUUUAGAUAAUCUGGAAGCAGACGAUUACGUUAAAAGGUGCAUGAAGGAGUGUUGGGCAGAGGAUCCCGACCAAAGGCCAGAUAUACGUUUUGUAAGGUCCAGGCUUAAAGAAAUGCAGGCGGGUCUUAAGCCCAAUAUAUUUGACAACAUGCUGGCGAUAAUGGAGAAGUACGCUUAUAAUUUGGAAGGUUUAGUGCAAGAAAGGACAAAUCAGCUUACAGAAGAGAAAAAGAAAACCGACGCAUUACUGCAUAGAAUGCUACCCAAAUCGGUAGCAGAGGCGUUAAAAAGAGGGAAUAAUGUAGAAGCUGAAACAUUCGACUGCGUUACCAUAUACUUCAGCGACAUUGUGGGAUUCACCGAACUGUCCGCGCUUAGUACGCCAUUGCAGGUGAUUGAUCUCUUAAACGAAGUGUAUUCCUGUUUCGAUUCCAUCAUCUCACAUUAUGACGUGUAUAAGGUUGAAACAAUUGGAGAUGCGUAUAUGGUCGUCAGCGGUUUGCCCAUACGCAACGGCAACAGGCACGCUGGCGAAAUUGCCUCCAUGGCCCUACACCUGUUAAGUAAGAUAAAGAGGUUUGAGGUCAAGCAUCGAGCCGGUGAGCUGCUGCAAUUGAGGAUCGGAAUUCAUUCAGGUAAAUGCGUGGCUGGUGUGGUAGGCCACAAGAUGCCAAGGUACUGCCUAUUUGGAGAUACCGUAAAUACAGCGUCAAGGAUGGAAAGUUCAGGGUGCGCAUUUAAAAUUCACACAUCUCACGCUACCUUCGCUUUACUGCAGGAUUUAGGAGGGUACAUUUUUGAAGAGAGAGGUUUAAUACCCAUAAAGGGAAAAGGAGAAAUGCGAACAUAUUGGCUAAUUGCCGAGGAUUCGAGUCAACGACUAGCGCGAAUACGUGAGGAAAUGUUAGACUCUUCACUGUUUAGCAGCAUCAGUUCUGAACGUCUUAGUGAAACCCCAGAUUUGCUUAGGAGGCCAGGUGUAAAUUUGUUACUGGCAGACUUUACACGUUGUCUGGCGAGUACCUCAACAUCUUACACUCCACUCACGGAUUUACACCUACGAGCACGAUUGGCAUAUUCAGCAAGUCACAAGCGAGAUGUGAGCAGAUCUUACAUGCCGCUCUCUGCAGCAAGACACGGUACUCGCACCGCGGUCAACCGUGGUCCUCAAUCAGCGCCUGUUGUCACCUUCACACAUUUGGAACAUCAUCUGUAAAAAACCGCGCUCAACUAAAUCUAUGUCAAUUCAAUACACAUGUCAGCGUUCUUUUCAACAUAAUCAUGUUCAGUGAUCGUGAAAAUAUUAGUUGUA